CUCAUUUCAUAAUCUUGCCACCUUCUCAAAUUUCCACUUUUCCCCCCUUUGAAACAUUCACUCUUUCACUAUCAAUUUAUUUUUUAAUUUAAUUAGAAUUCUGGAAUUCCAUAUAUACGCUGCAUUUCCUGUGUUCCUAUUCAGUUGAAGAAGCGUUACAUAUGAUGCUUGUGAGAUAACAGUUUUCAUCACAAUGGGAAACAAUUGCGUUCACGGAAAAAUUGACGAUCACGGCGCUCUCUACGGCCUAUUCUGGCCGUCAAAAUCACGAGAAGACAACGCUGCCAUUAGUCAAAAAACCAUCAAAAUCGAAGCCGAAGCUGCAACAACAACGACACCGCCGUCUCCGAAGAAAGUGACGAUCGAUGUGAAACAAACGGAUGAAAAAGUGUUCAUGAUCGUGACGGAGAAGCCGAAACCGCCGCGUAAAAAGGCUAACGCCGUGAAGAGGAAGAUGAGCAUAGGCCUCGAGGUGGACUCUGUUCUCAAAACCAAAACAGGGCACCUCAAACAGCGGUUCGAUUUAGGCGAAAAGCUCGGGCACGGCCAGUUCGGCACCACGUUCCUCUGCACCGAGAGGAAGACCGGCAACAAAUUCGCCUGCAAAUCCAUCGCUAAGCGGAAAUUGGUGCAGAAAGAGGAUCUAGAAGAUGUGAGGAGAGAGGUCGAAAUCCUGCACCACUUGUCCGGCCACGACAACGUCGUCUCCAUCCAAGGAGCGUACGAGGACGCUGUCGCGGUCCAUGUCGUGAUGGAGCUCUGCGGAGGCGGGGAGCUUUUCGAUAGGAUCAUCCAGAGGGGGCAUUAUUCGGAGAAGAAGGCCGCCGAACUUACUAGAACAAUCGUAGGUGUGUUGGAGGCUUGCCAUUCGUUGGGAGUUAUGCAUAGAGAUGUAAAGCCGGAGAAUUUCCUCUUUGUUAAUGGAGCUGAGGAUUCGGCUAUGAAGAUCAUAGAUUUCGGUUUGUCUGUUUUCUUCAAGCCAGGGCAAGUGUUGAGUGAUGUGGUGGGGAGCCCUUACUACGUUGCACCGGAAGUUCUGUGCAAGCGAUAUGGCGCUGAGGCCGACGUCUGGAGCGCAGGAGUUAUAGUUUAUAUCCUUCUCUGUGGAGUGCCUCCAUUUUGGGGUGAAACAGAACAAGAGAUAUUCAAAGAGGUUUUGUAUGGUGAGAUUGACUUCUCAUCACAUCCUUGGCCUAACAUCUCUGAGAGUGCAAAGGAUCUUGUGAAAAGAAUGCUUGUAAGGGAUCCCAAAAAAAGGAUAACUGCUCAUCAAGUUUUAUCACAUCCAUGGGUGCAGGUUGGCGGGGUAGCUCCAGACGAGCCUAUUCACUCUGCGGUGCUGAGCCGGAUGAUGCACUUCUCGGCCAUGAACAAGCUCAAGAAAAUGGCUAUAAGAGUAAUUGCGGAGAGUCUCUCCGAGGAAGAGAUUGCAGGGCUAAGAGAAAUGUUCGAGACAAUAGAUUCAGACAACAGCGGCUACAUCACCUUCGAGGAGCUCAAGGUUGGCCUAACAAGAUACGGAGCUAAUCUUGAGGAAUCAGAGAUACAUCGUCUGUUGAAAGCUGCAGAUAUUGAUAACAAUGGUGCCAUAGACUAUGGAGAGUUCAUCGCAGCAACGUUGCACAUGAACAAAAUCGACAAGGAUGAUCAUCUCAUUCGCGCAUUUUCUUACUUUGACAAAGACGGGAGUGGAUACAUAACGCAAGACGAGCUUCAACGAGCUUGUGAGGACUUCGGGAUUCAAGAUUUCAAGCUUGAUGAAAUUAUUCAAGAAGCAGACCAGGAUAAUGAUGGCCGAAUAGAUUACAAUGAGUUCGUGGCUAUGAUGCAUAGAGGUAACACAGAUUUCAGUAACAAAAAAUUCAAGAAUAAUUUUGGUGUUGGAUUGAAGGAGCCAAUGCCAGUUUGUUGAUACGAAAUAUUUUCCUUUUUUUCUCUCUUUUUUUCAAAUUUAAAAUUACUCUGUGUAAGUUAUAUAAAUGGCCCAACAGGUCCAACUCCAUAUUCUUUCA